AACGUGUGUGAGAUCAUAAUUUCAGAAGUGUCGUGAGUGUGGUGCAAUGUCGAACUGUCCAAUUUGUUAAUUCAGUCACAAGAUUAAUUCAUUAUUGAAGAGAGAUUUCCGAUGGCCGAAUCCAACUUACGGGAAACAGCGCCUGAAUUCCAACCCACACAGUCACAGUCCUACGCGCCCCAAUACCAGUACACCGGUCAACAAAACUUCCAACCCUACCAGCCGUACCUGGUCACCCAGAACUAUGUCUCCUCAGAGCCAGCGUACAGGCCCCGCGGUUCCCGCAGCAGGCCUUUCAGUAGGAGGGAGCGGGGCCGGUACGCCCCUAAUUUCAACCAGAAUUUCGGGGCUGGACAUUUCCAGCCUCCCCCAUUCCAGCCCCCUCUGGCCGAAUACAGCAACUUCAACCAUAACCAACCCCAUAUGCCGGAGUUCUUCGAAGCGCGCGGCCAGCGUGGGGUCGCUGGAGUUUAUAGAGGUCGGGGGUUGAGGUCGCAGCGGGCUCCAUUCAGAGGUCAGAUUCAUCAGAUGCAGCAGCCGUAUUUUCACAGUGGUGCGCCCUCGUAUCAAGGCGACGAGCCACGCGAUCAGAGCAGUGGUAGAAGUUCUGACACUAGGUGGCGCUAUGACAACCCAUCAGUGGAAAGCAGAAAUGCGGACAAGCGCCCUAAUUCGGGAAGGGGGAGGAGUAAAAAUAGUGCAGCAAAGCAAAGUUAUAGAAAUGACGUUGCCAAAGUGCGGAAUCGUCCCAAGUACGAGGGCAGCACGGAGACACAGACCGGUUCCAUGAUUGAGCAACUGACAGAGGGGGCCUAUGAGUGCACUGUGUGCUGUGAGACGGUGCGCUGUGAGGCACCCAUCUGGAAUUGCCAGGAGUGCUAUACAGUAUUCCACCUGAAGUGCAUCAAAAAGUGGGCCAAGUCCCCAGCUGCAGCGGCCGAAGAUUCGGAUGGUUGGCAGUGCCCCAUGUGCCGCAACGUCACCCUCCUGAUCCCCUACGGCUACAAGUGUUUCUGUGGCAAGCAGCGUGACCCGCCCUACCACCGUGGCGAGAUGCCUCACAGCUGCGGCGAAGUCUGCCGCCGCGCGCGGGCCAAGACCAACUGCGUGCACACCUGCAACAUCCUGUGCCAUCCGGGGCCCUGCCCGCCGUGCCCGGCGAGUAUCAAACAGUCGUGCCUGUGUAAGAAGACGUCGCAGACCGUGCGGUGCGGCACGCAGCAGGUCAUCCGCUGCCAGGCGGAAUGCGGGAAGAAACUCAACUGUGGUGUGCAUUCGUGUGAUGCGGUGUGCCACGAGGGGGAUUGCAAACCGUGUGAGGUGGAGAUGAAGCAAGAGUGUUAUUGUGGCAAGGACUCCAAGGUAGUUUUGUGUAGUCUUGGUGACGAUGGUAACUUACUACAGGAAGGCCCAGCCCAGUACCCAUGCCAAGCUGUCUGCGAUAGAACCCUAUCCUGUGGCAACCACACCUGCAAGCGACCCUGCCACCCUGGACCCUGUGACCUAUGCCCCCUGACCCCUGACCUGGUCACCCGCUGUCCCUGCAGUCAGACCAAGUUGUCAGAACUUACAACCCACGGAGAAGUCCGCAAGACAUGCCUGGAUCCAGUGCCGACGUGCAAGAAUACGUGUGGCAAGCCGCUCAAGUGUGGUGGAGACUAUGUGCACACCUGUAAGCAGCCAUGUCAUGAGGGCGACUGCCCCGUCUGCCCUCUGAACUCCACGGUCCGGUGCCGUUGCGGCCAUCGCAUGAUUGACGUCCUCUGUCGCGAACUCGUCAAGGCGUAUGACCCGCUGACAGGCCAGGUGUCCAUGAUGUGUGACCGCAAGUGCCCCAAGAAAAAGGAUUGCGGGAAGCACAAGUGCAACGUCAAAUGCUGUGUGGCCAAGGAGCACAACUGCAAUCAGGUCUGUGGUCGGAUGCUGAACUGUGGUCUCCAUCGAUGUGAGGAGAUGUGCCAUGCUGGCAACUGUGUACGCUGCCUCAAUGCCAGUUUUGACGAGUUUUCCUGCCACUGUGGUGCCAGCGUCAUGAUGCCGCCCAUCCGGUGUGGUACCAAGCCUCCCGAAUGCAGUGAGCCAUGCGCUCGACGGCAUGACUGUGAGCACCCGGUGCGCCAUACCUGCCAUAGUGAAGAGGUCUGCCCGCCGUGUGCUGACUUGACAUCCAAAAUGUGCAUGGGCAACCACGAGAAGAGACACAACAUUCCAUGCCACAUCAAGGAUAUCUCAUGCGGCCACCCCUGUGGGAAGAAAGUGCCAUGCGGAAUGCACAUAUGCAAGAUGAUCUGUCAUAAGGGUAGCUGUGAAGCCUGCAAGCAGCCCUGCCUGGUGCCUCGCCCAGAGUGUGGCCAUGCUUGCUCCGCCCCUUGCCAUGCGGGCUCGCCCUGCCCACCCUCCCAGUGCAAGACCAGGUUUGUCAUCCGUUGUGCCUGUGGGAACCGCUCCGAGACCAUCCAGUGCCUGCAAGGUGGAGAUGACGUGAGGCUGACGGAGGCAUUCCAGAGACUGGCGACGUCUACCGUGGCCGGACAGGGCAGCCAAUCAGGACAAGACGUCGACAUUAGCCAGCUGAUGGCACUGAGAAACAGCAAAACACAACGACAAUUGGAAUGUGAUCAACAUUGUUCCAUUCUCUCCAGAAACAAGCGACUUGCUUCAGCCUUACAAAUCAAGGAUCCAGACUCUGCCAAGUUUUCACCGACCUACAAUCCCUUCCUUAAAGAACAGGCUAGGAAGAACCCUCAGUUGAUAGCCAACAUCAUCAAGGAGUUAUCAGCAUUGGUCACGUCUGCACAAUCUUCCAAACAGCCUAGCCGUAGCCAUGCCUUCCCAGCUAUGAACCAGAUCCAUCGCCGUGUGGUCCAUGAGUUGUCUGAGAUGUACGGCUGUGAAUCACAGAGCUAUGACCAGGAACCCAAGCGCAACGUGGUCACCACUGCUAGAAAAGGCACAUGCUUCAUUCCCACGGUGUCGCUGUCCACCGUCAUUGAUCGGGAGACACACCCCAAGGCCCCGCCUCCAAUCGUCCACACCAAGCACGAGACACCCAGACGCCUGACGUCCCUGUCUAAGAUGCCCCGGCCAGAGAGUCCCACCAGUCCCCCGCCUCAGCCCAAGGAGCCCAUUGUGGAUAACAGUGAGGUCCCUGACUCCUGGGAAGUCAGAUAGUUCAUCAUGGCAAAUGCUUCCCAAGUUACGCAUGCACAAAUCCAAAGGAUAUCGCAUUGAGUUGCACAUGGAAGACACUGCAGUUUUUGGCUGCAGAUAUCAGGGCGGAGCCAGGUUUGGCCCAAGAGAGUGGGGGGGGGGGGGUUAGAUGUCAAGGGGGUUAACAGGCAUGUGUUAUGUUUUUAUGCAUGAUUUUCCUAUUUGGGGGGGCUAAAGGGGGGAGGGGGUAAAUCCCCUAACUCCCCCUAUCCCCACCGUGACCCACCGUCACCCUCAGCAGAUCUGCCAUUAGCAGAUCUGGGGAGGGGGGGUAUGGGUUACAGCAACAGCCCCCCCCCCCCCC